AUACCCCCACUCUAAAAUUUUUCAUUGAAAAAACAGCCAUACUCUCGCUUACAUAUAUAUACCCUCCCUAGAGUCUCCAAACGAAACAAAUAAUGGCUGACCCGUGUGUCGUUAUUGCGUGCAGUUAGGGAAGAUUAUAUUUGCAUCAUAAUCUCGAGUGACGUUUCCACCCGUGUGCGUCAGGUACAUCAUUGUUUUUUCCUCGUGCAUAAAUCUCGAUAAAAACAAAAUACCUCCGUCUUCUGUCUGGGACGUGCAUUUUCCCCACUGUUUUUGUCACGUAGAGGAAAAAAAAGGGAAAGGAGGAGGAAAAAAAAACGAGAGAGAAAACAUUUUUUUCCUCAAAGAGGUGCCCCUCGGUCACACAACGAAGAAAAAUCCAUUGUCCGUUGAUAAUUGUUACCGGUUUGUGAGAUUCUUGCGCAUUUAACCAAGUCAACAGUGAUUAUUUUGGCUCUCGAGGAUUAAUCAACCUCAGCGUUCAUAAUCGUGGGAAAAUAUUUCACACCACGCUUUGACAUUGUGAAUCCCCCUUUCCCCUAGAUUAUUACAUACGAUCAAGAUGAUUUUUCAUCCCACUAGCGUGACAGUAAACAAUGUAAAGAGACGACAGCGUACACAAGUUGAGUCGAGACGUGUGUACCACAUACUGGGCUGGUGUUGUUGCGAUUGUCAGUGAUGUUGAAAAAUCUGACUCAUUCAUAUGAUUCAGAUAGAAUUAUCACGGUUUAUUUUCUCCCUUGACAAGUGAUUUAGAAAAGUUUUAUUCGUCAAUCAUGGUGCACAUACCGAGUGCUUAUACCUAUGAUUUUUGGGCUAAGACACCCACUGAAGUCGUGGAGUUGACGUGUCUUAUGCCAAAUGGUGUUGUCAUACCACUUGAGACCAAUCGGAAUACAACUCUUGCGGAAAUCAAAGAGGAACUAUGGGAUGAAGCGAGUAAGUAUCCUCUGCAUGGCACCCUCAGGGAUGCCCCAUCGUAUUUAUUUUCCUGCAUAAACGCAAAUGCAGAGCCUGAAGAACUACGAGACGAGAGUCGUCGUCUCUGUGACAUAAAGCCCUUCUGCUCAGUUCUCAAAGUAAUCGAGCGUGAGGGAGUCAAGGGAGACAGGAAUCUAGAUGCUCAGAUUGGUCUGUUGAUUGGCAAAGGUCUCCACGAGUUUGUAGCCCUGAAGAACUCCGAGGUCAAUGACUUCAGGUGGAAAAUGAGACUAUUGGGGGAUGAAAUUGCUCUCGCGAGGCAGAAGCAGCAGUGGGAGGAGAGAGUCCACUAUCAGUAUCCUUCGAGGCUCGCCCAGACUCCUGCGAUCCCGAAGAACAUCGAAUCUAGACUGAAGGAUGGGAACAUUGUGCUCGUUACCAAGUUUGAGAAUACAGAGGUGACAUUUACCUUUCAAAUAUCCCACGACACAACUCCGUAUCAACUGAUCGUCCUGAUCCUGAACAAACGAGCAAGCAGACAGAUAUCUCGUGGGGAGAGAGAAGUAGCCAGUGACUUCAUCCUAAAAGUCUGCGGCCAAGAAGAGUAUUUAAUCGGUGAUUAUCCACUGAUACAAUUCAGCUACAUCCAAGACUGUCUUGCUCGCGAUGUCACACCAACACUAGUGACGAUGGGCAUGGAGAGUGUAGUUGUCCAUCAUGACAAUCUCUUUGAGAAUCCCGAUUUGGAUAGUUUGAAACGACCGAGACCCACAUUCUCUACUUUGACCUUGAGAAAAAAGGGAAAACACAUUUCCGCUUGGAAAAUCGACGAUUCUUUCGUGUUCGAUGUCAAUGGAAUAUCGAAACUCAAUUGUGAUGCUGCACAUCGUGUUGUUGAGGUUGGAUUGCAAGCCGGUCUGUUCCAAGGUGGUAAAUCCCUGUGCGAGAGUCAGAAAACCAAAGAAAUAGUCGUCAAUUCAGACGGCAGUUGUAACUGGGAGGAAACUCUCAGUUUCGACAUUAAAGUUAGAGACAUACCACGUAAUGCACGUUUAUGUUUUGUACUUUACGAAUUAAGUAAGACUGCCAAGGGCCUCAAGAGUCGAAGAGUGAAACAAGACGCCAAACAAGAGUAUUUUAUAAACCCACUGUGCUGGGCAAAUACCACAAUUUACGACUUCAAGUCACAGCUCAAGACUGGCGCAAUGACACUCUAUACAUGGACUUAUGUGGAGGACAUGCAGAAUGACGAUCUACUACAUCCCUUGGGCACUGUCGUUUCCAAUCCUCAUAUUGAUCGUGCUGCUGCUCUCAUGCUGACAUUUCCGAAUUACGGAAAAGACAAGUCUGUGCUCUAUCCAACCCCGGAGAAAGUCGUGGAGUAUGCAGCGAAGCUCCGGGAGUCUUCAGAGGAACGUAGCAUAGCGGAGGAGCCCAACCAAGAGUCGGAGGCCAACAAACUGCAACAAGUGGAGCUGCUGAAAAAUCUGGCAGACAGGGAUCCCCUUCACGAACUCCACGAGCAGGAACGUAAGACUAUGUGGGCUCUUAGGCGUCAUUGUCUCCACGAGAUUCCCACAUUAUUGGCCAAACUAUUACACUGUGUCGAGUGGAAUGACCACAGAGAAGUGGCAGAGGCAACAGCCCUCGUCCACCAAUGGCCAAAGCUCCCAGUGGAGCGAGCCCUGGAGCUCCUGGACUACGCCUACGCAGACGGGACAGUCCGUUCCUUCGCAGUUCGUUGCCUGAAAGACGUCACCGACGACGACUUGAGUCUCUUCCUCCUUCAGCUGGUCCAAGCCCUGAAGCACGAGAACUACCUCUCCUGCGACUUGACGGAAUUCCUGCUCCGAAGAGCCCUGAACAACCAGCGAAUAGGGCACUUUCUCUUCUGGCAUCUGCGAUCAGAGAUGCAGGUGGCCUCAGUCUCAGUGAGAUUCGGCUUAAUCCUAGAGGCUUACUGCAGGGGUAGUCAGCAGCACAUGAGGAUCCUCUUCAAGCAGAUGGAGUGUCUGGACAAAUUGAGAACAGCCUCUGAGCAGGUGAAGGUGAAGAAGGACAGGAAAGCAGCACUCCAGGGAUUCCAGGACUACAUCCAAGAGCCUCACUGCCAGGAGGCUCUCUCCAACGUGUUGAACCCCUUGGAUCCAAGCUUCAGAUGGAAGAGAGUGAAGAUUGAAAAGUGCAGGGUGAUGGACAGCAAGAUGAGACCACUGUGGCUGGUCUUCGAGAACGAUGACCCUUUCGGUGAGGAUAUUUAUCUCAUAAUGAAGCAUGGAGAUGACUUGAGGCAAGACAUGCUGACCCUUCAGAUGCUCAGGAUAAUGGACAAACUCUGGAAACGAGAGGGCCUGGAUUUCAGGAUGAAUCCUUAUCGAUGCAUCUCCACUGAGAACAGAGUGGGGAUGAUUCAGGUGGUUCUCAAUGCUGAGACAAUAGCCAAUAUUCAGAAGGAGAAGGGAAUGUUCUCAGCAACUGCUGCCUUCAGGCGAGGAUCUCUUCUCGCUUGGCUGAAGGAUCAUAAUCACACUGAGGCAGCACUCAACAAAGCCAUUGAGGAGUUCACCUUGAGCUGUGCUGGGUACUGCGUGGCUACCUAUGUCCUUGGGAUUGCUGAUAGACACUCGGAUAAUAUCAUGGUGAAGAAGACUGGACAACUGUUCCAUGUUGACUUUGGACAUAUUCUUGGGCAUUUUAAGGAGAAAUUUGGGUUCAGGCGUGAACGUGUGCCCUUUGUGUUGACUAAUGACUUUGUUCAUGUCAUUAAUAAGGGACAGACGAAGAAGGGACAGGCCGUGGAGUUUCAGAUAUUCCAGAAUUAUUGUGAGAAGGCGUUCUUGAUUCUGAGGAGGCAUGGCGGGUUGAUUCUUUCGCUUUUUGCUAUGAUGAUAUCGACCGGACUUCCGGAACUGUCGUCUGAGAAGGAUCUCAAUUAUUUGCGUGAUACUUUGGUGCUUGAAAUGUCUGAGACUGAGGCCCAGAAGCAUUUUAGGAAUAAGUUCGACGAGGCCCUGUGCAAUUCCUGGAAGACCUCGUUAAACUGGGCUUCACACAAUAUGGCAAAGAAUAAUAAAACGACAUAAGAAUAAUUAAUAAACAAAAAGAAAAUAAUCAACGUGGUAAGACUGCCAGUGCUCAGAAAUUACUAGGAUUAUACGACUGAGAGUGUGCGGAUUCGAAAGUGAUGGAAUUUGUGAUGGAAUUUAUGAAGGACUUUUUUUUUUACUUUUUGUUUGUUGAGAAAAUUCUAAAAUUAAGAUGGAUUCAGAAAUGUGAUAAUUGAAAGCAAUAUGUACUCACAUUCACACCUUCAAAGAAAAAAAAUGACUUAGACAUACAUUUUGUAAAAUAGUUGAUACUAAUCAUGAAAUUUUGCAUGAGGCUCUGCUUGAAAAUAUCACACAUGAUUUGAGGCAUUAAUAAUUUUUGUUUGGAUGAGAAAGAGUCUUAGCGCUUUGUAAAUUUGCUGAUUGAUUCAGGUCUUCAUUUCAAUUGAAAGAGGGACUGAGAGAUACAGUACAAUAAAGCAUCGGCAUCAAUUCCAAUGCCCAUCGAGUAGACCAGUGCCAAUAAAACGAGUAUAUAUUAUCGAGUAUAUACAAUCAUUGAAUGAUAUUGCCCCAAUUGUUGAGUCGAUAUUGCCCAGAUAAUCAGGCACUCGUUAGUAUGUGCAUAGUAAAAUUAACAUUGACGGUGCACGGUAAGACCACCUGAUUAUUUUGGUUCAAAAAAUAUUUGUCUGGUAACACAAUUCGUCUGAAAAAUACUCUGUCCAAAGUACUGAACGUCGUUGGUUCAAUUAGUCGAAUUUUUACUAUUUACAAUAUCGGAUAUUGAAUAUCUGACUGUUAAGGGGCUGGAGGUGGGGGGGGGUACAUAUUUUUUUCGGCGAUUUUUUUCAAAUUUUUUCUGUAUUAAAACAAAAAGUACAGGGAUAAAAUGUCAUAAAAUUUUCUUUUUUCGAAGCGUAAUUUUUUUAAUUAACAAAAGGAAUUGAGUGAUUUCAAAUUUUAUACGAUUGAUUUUGCGGAAUUUUGUAUCAUAUGGAAUGCACAAAAAAAAUUUAGUUGAAAAAUUUUGAAAAUUGUAGGACUAGUGAGGUUUUCACGAGUCGAAAAAAAAGAAAAUGACGAUUUUUGAGAAGAAAAGAAAAACAUAAUUUCGGAUGCAUAUUUUCCUCACAAAAGUCAAUUAUAACAUGAAUGAGGGAUUCAAAAUCUGUCCCCUGCCUCUCUCUUCUCUUUCUAUAUCGAUCUAUUCCAUUUUCCAGAGACUUAUGGAGUCGGACAAUUCUGAAUAUAAUGUUUCGGAUGGUAUUUUUUCAAAUUUCUCAUCGAAAAUAAGCAUUUUUAGAUUUUUUCAAUACGUAAAAACCAUAUUAACAAUGUAAUACAGUUUUCAGUAUUUUUCAACGUAUUUUUUUUCUAUUCCAUAUGACUUUUUGCAAAAUCAAUCGUAUGGAACUUGAAAUUACGCAAUUCCUGUUGUUAAAUAAAAAAUGAAUGUUAUGGCAAAAAUAAAAUUUCAUGAUGUUUUUUAAGAAGAAAUUGAAUAAAAAUUGAAAAAAGCUAUGAGACCUCCCCCUCCCCCUUAGACAAACAAAUAUGCACAUAAGAAAAUAAACACAACGGAAAUAGAUUAAUUUCCGCGUUACAAAGAUGCAUCACUGUAAAGUUUUGCCCACAACAUGAAAUUAUAGAUAAUGAGAUUAAAAAAAAUUAAAGUAAUCUUAUUGGAAAGAAAAGUGAGAGAAAAACACUUCAAACUCGUUAAUCUGUACUAUUUACAUUCAGAAAGAGCCGAAUGUUUCACUGUUUCAUUGAGAAAUAAGUAAAUAGAUGAGAAAAACCGCACGUAAUCCAAUUUUCAAUUCUAUUGCAUAAAAAAUUUGCACAGAAACUUUCAUUUGAUGAGUGAAAUUUGGACGAAGGGUGUCAUUGGACAAAUAUAAACUAGACCAAUAAUAAUUGAACAAACUAUGCAGGACCCACUGUGGGGUCGCAGUUGAGUCCUCUUGGUUCACUGGAUGAUUCUUUUAUCUUUAUUACUAGAUUAAAUCUGAUCGCGAAUCACGCUUUCGAGACUGAUACUCUGAAUUUUAUUGAGUGUAGAUUAAUCUAAAGAAAAUUAUUUCUCUCGUUUCCAUUGAAUUUAAGGGGCAAUCAAGUGGAGAAGGGGUAAAAUGAGAUGAGUCAACUUGUUUUCAUGAUCAGUUUCAUAGUGGUAUCUUCAAAUGUGAGAGAGUUGGAGUAAUUUUAAGAAUAAAAGGAAUCCAAGAAGUGAAUUUGGCUCAUCUUCAAGGCGAUUUUUCAAUCAAAUUCUGGGAAAAUUGAAACUCAUUUUAAUUAGGAGUUGACGUGUCUCGUUUCACCACUUCAUUGCUGGAUGAAAAAUGUGCUAAACUGUUUGAAUUCACGGAAUCGAUGAAUUUUCCUGCUGGUGUUUUUUUCACACAAAAGCGAGGAAAUAAAUAAUUAGUAAAAUAUAGUUAGAUACAAGUGGAGUAAAGCCGGAAUGUGAGAAAUGUUAUGCGAUUCAUUGUAAAUCUGUUUUUCUUUAGUUUAUAAAUUUUGUUUUUUUUGUUCUUCAAAAUUCAUUUUUCUUUAUGUAUUAACUGAAAAUUGUACAGAUGUGAUUGAUUUUCGGAAGCACGCAGAUUAUGGAAUAAUAGUUUUUUUAGCUUUGGUCACAAUGCAACCAUCGCAAUGCAAUCGAUAAUACAAACAAGUACAUAUUAACAUUAUAAUUACUAUUAACUCUGAAUUACUAGCGCUGUCAUGAUCGUCUACUGCCGCAUUAUCAUUAUUAUUUAAUAUUUAAUUGAUCGAAGCAAAGAUGUACAAUUUAAUUAAUCAAGUUCACUAGCAAGUUUUUCUAUAGAAGUUAUUGAAUAAUGUUUUUGUUUCCGCAAAUCACACCUGUAAAAUCGCUCACAUUUUUCAAUAUAGUUUCAUUUGUUAAAAGAGGGGGAAGUUACGUUCGUCCAUCGAAUUUAAUUUCGUCCAUCCGCUUAUGUACGAAUAUUUGCGGUAUUAGUUUAAUUUGUUGAUUUACAGUAGGAUUAAUUGAAGAUAUGACUCAAUUGUCAGAUUUGAAUUUUUCUAAAGGAGAAAAGGAAGAGGUGCGUUUAGAGGGAAAUUUUCAAUCUUUCAAUAAAUCAUUUUUUUCUGUCUAUACAUGUAAAAAGUGAAUAGUAAUAAAAAUAAUUCAAUCAUGAUA